AUGGACCCCAAAGUCGGAAUCGGCGUCUUCGUUUUCAACGCUGCAGGUAAAUUCGUCAUUGGCAAACGAAAGGGGAGUCUUGGCGCUGGCACAUGGGGCUUACCAGGCGGACACCUUGAAUUUGGUGAAUCCUUCGAGACCUGCGCCGCCCGUGAGACUCUCGAAGAAACAGGUCUGAAGAUCCAGGAUGUGCGGUUCCUGAAUGCCACGAAUUCAAUCAUGAAAGCAGAGAAUAAGCACUACAUUACCAUUUUUAUGGGUGGUGUCUGUGAGGAAAAUGCUGAUCCUCAGAUCCUUGAGCCGGAGAAGUGUGAAGGGUGGGAAUGGAUCUCAUGGGAUGAGUUGCGGGUGUAUGGGGAGGAGAUGAAGGCUGGGGUUGAGGGGAGGAAAUUGUUUUUGCCUCUUUUGGAAUUGUUUAGACAGCGACCGGAUUUUCGGGUUUGA